UUUCCCCUCUGAUUCAGAGGGGAUCUAUUCACAAUCCAUUGCAUCCUGCUGCAUCUAAAGCAACACCAGGUGCGGGAUAUCCUGCAGUUUAAUCCCGGGAGUUUGCUGAUCACUUAUAUGUUUGCAUUUGUUGUCUUUGCAUUUUAUUUUGCAGACAAAUCCCCGUUUGAAAUCAAUCAUUUUUUUUGCCCCUCUUUCCUCUCCCUCUCUCUCGUUGCAAACAAAAGGGGGGGAGUGGGGGAAAGAUUGCUGCCUUGCAAAACAUGCCAAAGGGAGUUUCCCCAGCCCCAGGCAGGGGUAUCAUUGGGGUGGUCUCCAGCUCCCAGAAAAAAGUUCUUAAUAUGGAAAAUGGAGGUACGGGAUUAUGCAGUCCCCAGAUCCCCAAUAUUCCCACCAGUUAUUUAACCCAGAAUGCAGGAGCAUUGUACUCUGACCACAGUGGGGAUUGUUUGUACACGACCCCUCAUGGACCUGAACUUAGAACAAUAAGGAGUAUCACAGGACGACUGCCGGCAAAACGGAAGUUGGACCUGGAAGGCAGUGGACACCAGUAUUUACCAGAAUUUCGAACUCCAAAAGGAAAGGGCAAAAUGCCGGCCAGGGUUCCCAGUCCAAAAACCCCCAAGUCCCCUGGAGAGAAGACAAGAUACGACACUUCACUUGGGCUCUUGACCAAGAAGUUCGUCCACCUUCUCAGCGAGUCGCCUGAUGGUGUCCUGGAUCUAAAUCGAGCAGCGGAAGUCCUUGAGGUUCAAAAGAGGCGGAUUUAUGACAUCACCAAUGUUUUGGAAGGAAUCCAGCUUAUCAGGAAGAAAUCCAAAAAUAACAUUCAGUGGAUGGGCCGCAGUUUGUUUGAGGAUACAUCGGUUGUGGAGAAACAGCAGUGUCUCCGGCAGGACCUGUCUGAUCUCGUGUGGAAGGAGAGGUCCCUCGAUGACUUGAUCCAGAGCUGCAGCACGCAGCUGAAAAUGCUAACAGACGACGAAGAGAAUCAAAGACUGGCGUACGUCACGUACCAAGACAUCCGCUCAAUUGGCAGUUUCCAGGACCAGACGGUGAUUGCGGUGAAGGCACCGCCGGAGACCAGGCUGGAGGUGCCUGAUGUCCGUGAGGAGAACCUUCAGAUUUACCUCAAGAGCACCAACGGGCCGAUCGAGGUGUACCUGUGCCCAGAAGAAAUGGCAGAGGAAAGCAGCCCCGUGAAGCACACCACACCCAAGAAGGAAGAGAGCGGGAAUGCGGCUUCCUUCCCGGGGGUUAACCCCGGCCCACCUGCCUCAUCCCAGGGUGAGCCUGACUGUCCGAAAAUCACCUGCAAGCUUGAGGUUAAAGAGGAAGUUGCAGAUGACCUGAAGCCAGUCUUGCCGAGCUCCCUGCUAGACUGUGAAGAUGGCGUCCUUGGGCUCCCUCACCACCUCCUCCAACAGACAGAGGACCAGCUUCCCUCCACCUCCUACGCCGAUGCUCCUUUUGUCAGCUUCUCGCCACCCUUGGACCGGGAGGACUACCUGUGGAGCCUGGAGGACAGUGAAGGUGUCAGUGACCUCUUUGACUCCUAUGACCUCGAUGACCUGCUGCGCAACUAGCACAGCCCACGUCCCCGCCUUCUCCCCCCACAGCUGGAGUGGACACCGGCCUCCGCACCUCCUCACCCAAACGGAUUUAUCCUGUUAUAGUGGAUGGUGACAAGAUCAGAGUGGCCAUAGAGGAAGGCGCUUUCCCUGAUAGUUUACAAGUAGUUGCUGAAAGGAGCAACCAGCAGACCUGUAGCCAAGACUGUGGUUGUAUCUUGGGAGAUGGCGUUGAUUCUUUGACAUUUUGCUCACACGCUGGAGUCUGAAAGAUUGGGUGUGGUGGGGAUAUUGUAAGGGAACUGAUAAGCAUAACUUGGGGUCUGUGCUGUAACCCCGUUAUACCUUUAGAUCUGGAGUUGUUUAGGAGAGGGUGUCUCACCAUCUAAUCGUCAUUGGAAUGGUGCUAGUGGUAGCCAAAUGCGUGAAGCCUUGCUAGCAACUGAUACACUGGGAGAAUGGGCCAGGCAGCAGGUUAGGUUGGAUUGCUUUUCCAUUAAAAUCAAACCCCAUCCCACGCCCUGCAGCCAUAUUCUUGCUCGAAUUAUUUUGCGAUGUUUUAUGGCCUAAACCAACUUUUACUUCCAACUUUCCUGCUGUCCUGACAUUCAGAGGUGUAACUGGGCCACUCUGCCAUUUAAAUCUUUAGCUCCCCAGAAUUGCAGAGCAAUUAGUUGGUGUGCCUAGGAUUUGCAAAGUUUUGCUUCAUGCCCAAUCAAGAGAUUUUCCCAUGUGGGUGAUCAGAAUUGCGAUUGUCUCCACUGCCUUCAAACUUAAAUUGUCAUUUGGAGUGGCAUAAGUCAUAGACCAGGUCUAACAGUUGGCGCUGAAUUAACCCCCUCAGUUGAUGCUGGGCACCCCUGACUAUGGGGUCAUUCUGCAACUUGAGGGAGAAGGGUUUGUUUAUUGCUUCAGUAACCUAAUUCUCAAUUGGAAUUAUCCAUAUUUAAGAAUGGAGAAUUUUCCCCAUACUGUUUGACUUUGUUAAAUAAACCCACUGCCACCAAGCUAAAGUUGUCAGGAGGUCCUGGUUCAACCAUGUAUUGUUCAGUAAGAAGCUGGUGUGCCAUAAUUGGGUUGGGACUGUAGGCCACCCUUCCCACUUCUGAUGCCUCUUGCAGUCAAAUACACGAUAGAUACUGUCCGGUGGCUGUUUGAGUGAAGUGUCCAUUUGACGGCUGCAUCAGCACAUCCAGGAGGGAGGAAGUAAUGGGGAAAGUGAUUUAGUGAUGGUGAUACUCCGUCUACUUCUGCACAGUGUGCUUGCCAGAUUUUUUUCUUCUGUAAUGUGUUUACUAAACUGAAUUGGAUUCAAAUGGUGCUUUUUUUUUGUAAAGAAGAAAAAUUAUUUUAAAUGUGGAUUUUAAAACUAAGCUAAUGUUUAACAGAUGUUAAUCUACCGAAAUCGGUGUUUCUCAGGGAAGGGGUUUGGGUGGACGUGGGUCACUUCCUGUGGAGCAAGGGACUGGUUCCAAAAUUCAUCCUCUGUGGUAGGUGCUGAAUGAGUGAUGCAGUGUCAUGUGUAAGUUGACACUACGAUUUUUGAAUUGGAGUUCAAUAUGCAUAUAAUGCAAUGGGAUGCAUUUAGCACAUAAAACAGAGGGAGAUUCCUGUUCUAUAGACAAUUUAAUUGUCCAGAAUGCCACACUGGGAGUAUCCAAACUGUUGGCAAUGUUUUUUUUAUCUAACUUUUUUUUAUUUUUUAACAGAGCCCUAAUUUGCUCCUUUUUUUAAAAAAAAAAGCAAAGUCUUCAUCCAAAACAAUGUCAUUGUAAAAUACUUUGUUGUUAAAACUGUGGACUUCACGUUGUGCCCCUCUCUGGGUGCUCUUUGUACUGCUUCCUUCAAUCUCCACAGAUUAGGUCUCCACUUGACCCUGGCUGCAGUGUGAAUCCCAGAGAAGGACCGUUCCUGUUGAUGUCUUUUUGAAUUUUGCAACCCAAGCACUCAUGAUGUUAGUAUUUGAUGAAUUUGGAGCAAAUCAUUAGCUUUGUUGUUCCUGUGCUGACUCAUGGUAAGAGUAUUGGUGACCCCUGCUCUAUUACACCCAUCGUGUGUGUGUGUGUGUGUGUGUGUGUGUGUGUGUGUGUGUGUGUGUGAGAUGGGGUGUGUAUAUGUAUGUGUGGUGGCAGUUGGUUAUGGGGCAGGGGAGGGGGAAUUGCUCAAAAACACCAUCCAACUAAAGCAGUUCUUGAACAGUCCUGUUUUGAAAAUUUGAGCAGCACCUGGCAAAUUGCCAAAAAUAAUAGGUUUGACUGUAUAUAUAUUUUCUUGAAGCUAACAAAUUCUGUACAUAGAAAGAGGAAAUUUUAGUUGUGGGUUUUUAUAUAAAGUUUGUGUAUAGGAGUGUGUUCUGUGUGUGUGUGUGUGUUUCUGUCAGUGGUGUUUCAGUUUGGAUUGCUCAUCAGGGGUUUUACAGGAGACCAGAGUUCAGUGUAUGGAGGUGCUCAAGGAGAAACUGUUUACUUUCUAACACUUCUGUCGGGUUCCUGUCAAAUUGUUGGGGACUUGGUGAGAAAGAGGGAGGAACUCCAUUGGACAAUUUAUUGGAAACCCAUUGACCUUGGGAUUCUGUGGACGGGUCUGCUGUACAGGCUUGAAGGUGGCAAAAACAUGGUGUUCUGAACUCCCAAUCUUGCCACACGCCAGCAAGUACAUGUGUAUAAAUGGGUUGUUAUCUGUUGUGAUAGAACAGCCUGUUGUCACACUGCACCUCUUCACCCUUGAGGAUUGAAGGACAGGGGUUGGAGGGGGGGAAUGGUGCUUGCUAUAUUACUGCAACCUCAACAACAAUUGCAAACUUCAGGAGAGGAGUUGGUGAUGGUGGGUGUAAUGGAAAAUUACCCUUGGGCCAGGCUUGACAGCCCAGUGUUUUUGGGAUCUGGAUAUCAAUGCGAAUAUCCAUGUUGGCAGGGUUAUCGGGAAAAUGACUGGAUGUGGAUCCAAGCUGGACAAAUUAUUCCAGGACAGCACAAGCAUGAUGGGCUGAAGGGCUCUGUGAACUAAGAUUCAGUGAUUCCAUGGGGAAUUCCCACUGCCUGGAAAACAUGUAAAUUGGGAUGAAUGGUCUUCAAACCUUUUCCCUUCUGAUUCAUCAGAUUUGCGCAUCUGAAGUUCAACCAAUGGGAGCUUGCAGUUGCAAAGCUGUCGCUCGAUUACAGAGAGCUGGUACAUUUUAGGUGUGCAGUGCCUGCUGUUCGCCACCAGAGAGAGCAGUAGCAUUUCCAUGGCCCUUUGCUUGUUCAGCAGGCAAAGUGUCAGGAAUACUGGAGAAACAAAGAACUGCAGAUGCUGGAAUAUCGUGAUGGAAAAACACUAUGAUGCUGGAGGAAUUCAAGUAUCAUAGUGUUUUUCAUCAAAGUAUCAUGAACCAGCAGAUCUAGAGGUCAAAGGGAUUAGAUUCUAUGGUAGUGGAGUAAAUUUAAUGUCCAUUCUUGUGGAUAGAACUGCCUUCAUGACAUUGUUUAUCCAGUUUCUUGACUAUACUUCCCCCCCCCCCCUCCUCCCCACACACCUGGCCCAUCAGAAACCGAAUAGAUUUCACAUUACCUGAUGGUCCAGAAAUAAAAUAAUUUUAGACACGCACCAAUUGUUAUAAUCAAUUAACCCAUGUUCUGUGAAGCAAAUUAACAUCCACCAUUUUCUUUCUAAUACCCUGUGAUUUCUGGGGUUUGCUGGCAGCCAUGUUGUGGGGAUUGACCUAUAACAACAAGGGGCUUCAGUGUUGCUGAUAAUUGGAAUCUUGUUGGAUGCGAGAGGAAAGUUUUUCUGCAGUUAUUUCUGCCAAGUGCUCUUUGCCUUGUUGAAUUAUUUUCUUUGUGCCCUGGCCUUAAUGAUUUUGCCACCUUGAUAGGAUUGGAAAGAAUAUAACAUGCUGGAAAUGCCCAGCAUGACAUCUGAUGAAGGUUUUCCCACCUAAAACAUUGACUCUGUUUCUCUUCCCAUGGUUGCAGCCUGACCUGCUGGGUAUUUCCAGCAUUUUCUGCUUUAGUUUUAGAUUUCCAGCAUCUGCAGUUUUUAUUUUGAUUGAGAAAGGCUUUGGUUCGCUUUAAGACCCUGAUUGCUUUCUUUUGGCUUCAUUGGUUGAAGUCACCCAGCUGCUUGUGAACUUUGAGGUAGGUGGGAUCAACUUUUCAAUUUUCACACUACCUUUAAAACUUAAUGAACCAAGAGUAUGCUCUGUGGUGACCAGUGACAUGUCACAAAGCACAUUCGCAAUAGCAGAGCGCUAGCACAGUCUAUUGUGAGUAAGUCCAUUACAAAGAUCUCUGCUUAUGAGAAAGGGUUGAAUGCAUUUUCAGUUAGAUCUUGUAGUGAUUAUGGCAACCAGACCUCAAGUCUCCCCCAUCCACCCACCAACACCCCCCCCCCCAAUUCAAUUAUCUGUCUGUACAACUUUCCCUACGUCUUUGCAAGAUUAAAUUCAACCCUAUCUCCUCCUCCCUCUUUCUUUACUGAAGCAUCGGAUCUUGAUCCGGAUAAUUUCCUGACCGUUCACCUUUUUGGAUCUAAAUCUAUAGAACCUUAUCAGUCUUGCCUGGAGUUACCCUGGCCUUCUCCAGUAUAUUUCUCAUUUACAAGCUUUCUUGUCUUAACAGCACUGACCAAAUACAAUAUCCUUAAUUUUACUUGGGUUGGAGUAUAAAUGUGUAUUUCUGUUUGGUUUCAUUGGGUGGGAUGAUUGAUAUUGAUACAGGUCCAUGAUUCCAAAUGAAUUUACCAGCUGAAGUCUGAAUGAAUUUGUGUGUGUGUGUGUGUGUGUGUGUGUGUGUGUGUGUGUGUGUGUGUGUUUGAUGUUGUUUCUUAGUCCCCUCCUGUAUGAUUCAGUGUUGGAUAUAAUCCAAACACAACCAUCAAUUUUAUCUAUUGAGCUCUCUUUCCAUCUAUUGUUCUCUAUUGGAACAAUUGUUCAGUUGACUAGGCCAAAUUUGUCUGUAAAUUUGUGUUCAAUUUUUUUUGUUUGUGAAAUAAUAAUUUAAAUAGUUGCUAGAUUAGCCAUAAGAGGCUCAAUGUAUCUCUGAUUUGUAAUAUUUGUGCACCAGGUGUUAAGAGUUGCAAAGGUUUGUGUCACCUUCUGAGGCUAAUUCCAGUUUUUCUAAGUUUACCAUAACUUUCAGUAAUUCCAAAAAGGAUGCUUCAGUUGAUGAAUGAGUAACUGUUGUGUGAACACCUCCUCCAACCCAGUUUCAGUCUAUGGCAUGGCAGAGGUUAGUGUAACAAGAUUUUGCCAGGCCUUUCGGGCCAUAUUCCUCAAUGCUGGCCCUCUAAAAGUGCAAUGCACUUACAUGCAGUAAAAUAUUUUCCAGGAAGAUGUUGGUUUUAUCUUUUGUUUUAAAAAAGGUACUUUUCUAUCCGUAUUGGGUUAGGGACAUUUCAUGUCCUGAUAUCAAAUUUUAAUUUACUUAAAAAUAUAAUCAGUCAGCACUGAACAUGUUGCAAAAAAACUGCAGGUCUAGUACAGAAGAAUACAAAUAUGGACAUGGUAAAAAUUAUGCAGAAUUUUGUUUGCUUCCAUCCCAAACGUGCUAACUCCGAAUAAUGCAGGUUCAUACACACAGGUCAUUUCUCUUGCACUUUUUAGUCCCAUGGUUUUAGCUCAGGUACAACCAGUAAUAGUUAUUCAGUAAUGAAGAGGAUGUACCAGUGAGCUUGAUUUUUUCCUCAAUAGAAUUCCAUUGGGAAGGCCAGAAUUGGAUCCAAGAGGGCAAAGGUGAAGAAUACAUGCCCUAUUGUCACCACUCUCUGGUCUCUAACCACACUAUGCACAUCUAUACCUAGAAACUGAAUUGUUUAGCACCUUUUUCAGUGUUUGUGAUGGAAAAUAGAUUUUUUUUGAAUUACAAUAAUGACCAAUUCAUGGUUGUUCUGCAUCACUCUGGGAAUAAAACAGGCUGCUUUCCCAGGUGAACUGUCUUUGUGAUUUCAGUGUUGGUUAUGCAAGAUGAUCUCCUUCUGGAACAUCGCAGGGCAAUGUGUACCAUGUGGUCCUGGGAGCAGCCAUUGUUGGGCUUCUUUGGGAAAAUCCCAGCCUUCCCAGUGCAGUGGCAGAAUGAAAUCCUAAUCGGGCAUGUCCCUUGUAUCCUGCUUAUCAUCUACCUCACCUGUCCAUCACCACCAAUCCCCAAAUUGGUUUCUUUCCCUGCCGUAUCAUGAGCUCUGAUGUUCUUCUUUUCUCAACAUCCACUUCAGGGCUUCAAUACCAAUUUCCCCCUUCCAAACCUCUCCCAGCAACAGCUCAGGCCUCUGGUCACUAGCCAACAUGAACCCAACAUCAGAACUGUACUGAGCAGCAUGGAUUUUAAUGAAUAAAAUGCCCAAUGCCCAUUUGGUUCCACCUUGGGCCAAAGCGUAACUGAGGUUUAACAGUGGGAACCAAAGGCUGAAAAAGGUGCCUCAUCCAAUGAGGGAGCCUCAGAAUUUCUAGGCCCUAACCUACCUAGUGACAUCCAAGUGGCAGAAGAUUGGACCAAUAUUUCUCUGUACUGCAGAAUGUCCAACAUUUAAUUGCAAAUUUUUCAGCAACACUAAUCAUAAAUGAGUUUGCUUACACUGUUCUGUUUGGGUGGCCAAUUUUUUAUGUCCUGUUUUACUGCUUUCUUUCCCCUCAUCUUCUCCUCUCCCCCUGCUCCCCCAUGUCUGCCCCUUUCUCUUUUACCCGCUCCUUUCCAAACACACCACAAAUUCUUGUCGACCUUUUUCUUGUGUUAAUGAACUUAAAACCGAGUCAUGGAAAGGAGGAAUUUAACAAAGCUAUUUUGAAAGAAAAAAUACUUUGAGCUCAAUUGAAAUGUAAUCUUUUAAGCUAUUAAUGAUGUCCUAUCUUAAAAGAAGUGGUGAUACAUUGUAUUUGAUUUAGUAUUCACCUCUGUUUCUUGUUUUUGUUCAUGAGGUAUACAGGAAGAACAUGGAACCUUACAGCACAGUACAGGGCCUUCGGCCCACGAUGUUGUGCCGACAUUUUAUCCUGCUCUAAGAUCUAUCUAACCCUUCCCUCCCACAUAGCCCCCUAUUUCUCUAUCAGCCAUGUGUCUAUCUAAGAGGCUCUUAAAUGUCCCUAAAGUAUCUUCCCCCACUAUCUCUGCCAGCAGAGCGUUCCACGCACCCACCACUCUUUUUUUUAAAUAAAAGCUUGCCCUUAACAUCCCCCUUGUAUCUUCCUCCAAUCACCUUAAAAUUAUGUCCCCUUGUAUUAGCCAUUGUCACCCCAGGAAAAAGUCUCUGACUGUCCACUCAAUCUAUGCCUCUUAUCAUCUUGUAAACCUCUAUCAAGUCACCUCUCAUCCCUCCUCCUCUCCAAAGAGAGAAGCCCUAGCUCACUCAACCUAUCCUCAUAAGACAUGCUCUCCAAUUCAGGCAGCAUCCUGGUAAAUCUCUGCACCGUCCCUGAAGCUUCCACAUCCUUCCUAUAAUGAGACGACCAGAACUGAAUACAAUACUCCCAAGUGUGGUCUAAACAGAGUUCUAUAGAGCUACAAUAAGUAAUGUUCAGUUAGGAAGCUUGAAGCUGCUUCUAUACCCAGGUUAAAGGUUUGCCCAUGGAUUGUGAACUGUUCCAAGGCUUGGUUAAUAAUGAACAGUAUGAAGACAAGUUGUCCUCUAUGUAUGGUGGUCAUCAUAGGAAAUGUCUAAUCCAUGGAAGCUUUGUUUUGUAAUUCAGGGGCUGGUUGCAAUCCCUGAUCAGUAUUCGGCCAUUGGCAACAUUUUAUGAUGUCCAUAUUUGUGUUCUGUAUUAGACCUGCAGAAUGAUGUGGGGUGAUCUGAUCUGUACAAGACCUGCCCAAUGUUGAAUCUUUUUGUCUUCAAAUUAUGGACCAGGUACCACAUUUUUUUGCCUUUUGCAGAACUGUCACUUACUCGGACAGGGUAGAAUCAGCAGUGAUCUCCUCCUGCCUCUAACCUCCUGCCUCCCAACUAACCCCUCUGUACAUGUGCUCAUGCACACCAAGGUCAAAUAACCUGCUGAAGCUCGAGCCUUGGGCUGAUGCACAAGGAGUGGCUCAGGUGUCCAGCUCGAGACUUCCCUGCACCUUUUCUAGAAGAGAAGUUUAGGAAGGUACUGGAAACUGGGACUGCAUCAGCAGCUUUUGCACCUUAGUAUUAAUGCCCUGUUCAACUAGAAGAGCUGGAUAUUGUUCUGAAGACAUUAACUCCAGUACUCCUGAAUCGACAAAAUUGGGAAAACAAGGAACUGGUUUGAGAGAGCAUAGAUUGUUUUGAAGUUGUACUUUCUGUAAAUGAGAAGGGAUUCUCUCUUACUCAGGAGGUGGCCUAUGAUUGUAAAAUUGUACAUAGGAAUAUCUGUAUAUUUACCCAAGUUUGAGCUGUUGCCUUAGUUCUCACUAAUGUAUUUAAAUGUUAUUGUUUUCUUUUUUAGCUGAAAGGAGAUUGCUAGGAUAUUGAAUGUGUAAAAGUUGUGUGUGUGUGUGUGUGUUGUAAAAAUGCAAAAAAAAAACAAGUGUGGCACUUGAAUUGGUACAAAAAAAAUGAAAAUAAAUGAUUUGA